UUAUUACUUGCAUUAUCAAUAUAUAUGGUAUAUCAGCCUUGUCAUGUGUUUAUUAAUCAUAUAUUUAUAUUUAUUUGACAAUGUAACGCACUUUAUUGUUUAAGAAAGAAUACAGAAAUAGAACAACACUUUGAUGGGUCAGGUUGAAAAACAGUUCAGAAGUGCCAAUCAAUUGUCCGAUGUGACGACCUGCUGCCCUGAAGCUUAUCAGGGCAAGAACUUGUCAUUAUCUUGUCUCUGUUGCAGUUGGUCAAAAACACAAUCUUGAUCUUGAGACGACAGCGGAUACCGCAACCAUGGAUUCUGCAACGGAAAAGCACUGUUCAGAGCUUGUUGCCCGCGAGCGAAGCGGUCACACGGCUCUAGUUGAGGGAAAUGUAAUGUAUGUAUGGGGAGGCUACGUGUCAAUUGCUGAUGAUGAAGUUUUCCUACCCAAUGAUGAAAUCUGGUUAUUCGACUUAGAAAGUGGUGUAUGGGAAAUGUGCACGAUGUCCGGAGAGGUCCCAUCCCCAAUGUCAGGCAUCUGUGGCUGCUCGAUGAAUGGGGACAUGUACAUAUUUGGUGGAUGUGAUGACAGUGGCCAGACCAAUCAGCUUUACUGUGUCAACCUCCUGGAUGGAAAAUUCACUUGGAGCAAAGUGAACCAUAGGACUGGCUCCCCUCCCUCACCCAGAGACAAACUUUCCUGUUGGGUUUUCAAUGGCAGGCUUAUCUACUUUGGUGGAUAUGGUCAUAAGCAACUUGAUGAAAUCAAUAACAACAGAAGCUUCCUUAUGGAUGAGUCAUCAUGGGCCGAGGACAUCUAUUGGGGAUGGAACAAUGAAGUCCAUAUGUUUGACCCAACAUCAGCCAGAUGGUGUGAACCACAUACCAGUGGACAUUCUCCUGAGCCCAGAGCAGCCCAUGCUAGUGCAACACUUGGCAACAAAGGAUACAUAUAUGGGGGCAGAAUACGGGAAUGUAGGACGAGUGACAUUCAUUGUCUAGAUCUAGAGUCAUGGACAUGGUCCGAAAUAGUACCAGUUUCCCCUGUUCCAUUGGGAAGGUCAUGGCAUACUCUUACCGCAAUAUCUGACAGCGCUUUGUUUCUAUUUGGAGGACUGAGUAUAGAAUGCAAACCAAUGAGCGAUGGCUGGGUAUUAGAUGUUGAGACGCAGAAAUGGAGGGAGAUUGAGCAUCCGUACAUGAACAAACCAAGGUUGUGGCACACUGCCUGCCAGGGGAAAGACUCUGAUGUCAUUGUGUUUGGGGGAAGUUGUGACUUCAUCCUCCUGGUAGACAAAGGCCACUGUAAUGAUGCUCUUGUUUUCCAGAUGAAGCCCUACUCACUCUUUAGGAUAUGUGAGGAUUACAUAGCCAAGAAUGUAAAGAACUGCAAGAUGCUUCAAAAACAGCUUCCAUAUAUGCCUGCAAAACUACUACCUGCUGUACAGAAGAGAAUUACCUAUUUCCAGACAUCUAGCAAAAAAUGUAAUGUUAAUAAAUAAAUAUGAAUGAGAGGAAAAUGUAAUUGCUGGACUACAGUAAAAUUAUAAUGUGGAUUUCAUACUCCCUUCAGAGUCUCAAUCUUUUGAGAUGAAUUCCAUUCCCUCUGGGCUACUUAACGUGCCAGUCUUUGGCAAUGACAGUUAUUGCAAGAAUUGGAAUGUUAAAAACUAGUACUCUGACUGGAAAUAUAUAAAAUGUUUGUUUUGUAAAAUAUUUUAUCGACUUAUUGUGGCUCUAUGCAUUUGUUAAUGAUUUACUGUUUAUUUCAUUAUGAGUAUGAAUGGAUCUUCUGUUUUAAAUAAAAGUAACGGCUUUUUAAUACA